AUGCCCGCCAACAUGUCGUCCCUCAACGGCUCCUACACGGCGACCUUGAGUCCCACGAUUGCCUCGUCCGAAACCGCAUCCGCAUCUGCAUUCCCUCCACACAUGCUCUCGAGUUCCAUCUCGUCUCUUUCCUCUUCGACCUCCUCGCGCCAUACUUCACAAAUAUCUAAGACCUACCGCCAGGCUUCGACUCUCUUUCUCACGCGUCGUCUGCCCGAAGCUCUAUCUACCAUCUUGCCAUUGAUCACCCCGCCACCAUCCAACGGCGACCAGACAGAGCCAGCUCCCGUAGCGAGGGCCUCCCGAUCCACCCGGAUCAAGGUUUGGAGCCUUUACCUGACAACUCUCAACGCAAUCGUGGAGCUGGAGCCGGACGAGGGGAAGGAUGCAUUCGGAAGCCAGGAGUGGCGGUCACUGUGCACCAAGGUCAGAGAGGGAGAGGUGUGGGAGGAGGUCGUCCGCAACGGAUAUCACGGCGUCGAAAGCGACGUCGAUUCAGACGUCGUCAUUAACCUCGCCACACUCCUCCUAGCCCACGCCCGGACACAGGAACUGAAUCAAAAGAGGCUGGAGAGUUAUCUCGCUGCCUCGACCUCACCAAAUCUGGAUCUUUCACAGAGAUUUUCUGACUCCCCGUCGCCGUCCCCACGGUUGAACAAUCGGCAUAGGUCGCCGGCAAAGGGGACGAGCGGAGCCGACACACCAAGGGAUCUUAAUGCGAGGGUCAAGAUCCUCGAACUUUACACGCUGCACGUCUUGCUCCGUAAUAAUGAAUGGGAUUAUGCUCGAGAGUUUAUCAGCGUCAGCUCCGUAUUAGACGAUGAGCGCCGUGAGGCGUUUUUACAAGCCUUGCAAAGCUUGCAAGAAGAACAGCAAGAAGCAGAACGGCGAGAUGCGGAAGAACGACGCCAGCAAGAGGAGCAAUUGAGGCGUGAUAUCGAAGAGGCCAAGAAAUUGAGGGCAGAAAACGAAGAGAGGGAACGCAGGCGACUGGAGGAGGAGCGAGCAAGAAGAGAGGGUACUGAGGUGGACUACGGUAUCGAAAGGACGCCAAGCAGAGCAAAACAGGUCGGUUCGAGAACUACCCAGAUUGAUAAUCUUGGGGCACCCAUCGCGGUCCUUCUCGAGUCGCGUGCACUCGAAGCAAUAGAAGGCGUCCGAGAUACCCUCACCGCCGCAGACGACGCACUUGUUCUGGUAGUUGCCGAAGGAGCACUCAUCGCAAAUGCGGACGAGGGUCGUGGGUCGGACGUAAGAAUCGCAGACGGGACACUUUCCGUCACACUUGUCGCAGAGGCGGCCAAUGGCAAUGCCGGCCUGCUUGCGGCACAUGACGAGAUCGCUGAAGAAUACAUAUGUUUGGGUGUCGCGAAAUUUGGGAGCGACGUUGUUGUUGAUCGCAAAAGUGGCGGGACGUUGAAAUCACAACGACCUUGGAAGAAGUUCGCGCUCCUCAGCCUCGCCACAUCUUCUCGACGUUUCUCCUUCCGUUAUUGGUACGGCCCCAGUCUGAUCCGGGCCGAGGUGGGGUCACAAGCGGGUCUUUUGAUGGCACCUGCCGAUGCCAUUGAAGCCGAGUCCAUGAGCCCCGAAGCCGAAGUCUCGCAGAAGCGCAAAGCCUCUUCGGUGCUAGAUGGCCACGAAGAAAUCUCAAAAAGACACAGGGUUGAUGACGAUGACCAUCACGACUCUCGCUCACAAAACCCGAACUCCUCGCCUACAGAACCUAGGCACCGCGACGUGGACGCUGACGCCGGCACUGCUCGUCGUAGCGUUGUGUCAAGAGAUGAGGAAAAGAGGCGUGGAAAGCGGUUAUUCGGCGGGUUACUGAAUACAUUAAGUCAAACAAGCACCAGUUCCCAGCACAAGAAGCGCAGGGAGAUCGAGCUACGGCAACAGGAGAGGGCACAGAAGCAAAGAGCGGAGGAUGACAAGAGGCGGGCCGAGAAGCUUGCUAGGAUCACCGAGGUGCGCUGGCAGGAGCAGAUCAAAUUUGACGAGAAAGCCAUGAGGGUUCGACACGCCAAUAUGCUCGCAAUGGCACACUCGUUAAAGACGCAUGCGCAGCCGCCGAUUCAAGAAGAUUCGAUCGACGACCAGAUCCAAGACGCCAAAGCCAUCAUAGCAAGGGAGGUUGAUGCUUUCAAUGAUCGUAAGGAAGCGCACGAACAGCGCUACGGCCGAAGUAGGCCGUCGAUAGUGCAAAACCAACCUGCGCCUGCAAUUGCUGAGAGUUCAGCAGACGCGCCUCCAGCCCCGGAAGCUGCUCAUGUUGAUGCUGCGGCCGCGGGCAGUACUAAUACUGCAUCUUUGUAUGACAAUGACAGACUCGACAGAGAGCCGCAUGAUGAGUCCGGUGACGUCGUCGAGGAUGCCGAAGAGGAUAUGGUGAUCUACUAA